GCUGUCUCCGCCGAACCUCGGCCGUCGUGCAUCUAAGAUCACCGUUGUGAGGCUUAGGAGUCGCAUUCGUGCAACAAACAAUCGCCGGCAGCGAUAGCACGGCAGUCCAGCCUGAAAGCCGCCGCAGCUGCGCAGGCCAGCCUUGGCAGCACACGAAACAGUCGAGCGCGCGCCGUCGACGCGAGCUAAAAGCUGCUCAGAAGACCGCUCAUCACCAUCAUCACGACCACCACAUCGCUAAACGAUGGGCAGCAAGCGCCAGAAGCGCAACAAAAAGGCGGCCGAGCUCGCGGCCGAGGCGCGGCAGAACCAGAAAAAGGUCUGGGGCGCGCGCCUGUCGCUCGGCGUCGUCUUGGUAGCCGUCGCGGCGGCCUACCUCAAGGAAGACGAGGUCGACAUUUCUCGCAUCAGUGAAUCGAGGCACUGCCCCAGGGACAAAAUCAAGGAAUUUCGCCACGUGCCGACGUUCGCCGUGCCGCCUAGUUGUCCUUAUGUCGUCAGAAGCUUCGUAAAAGAUGGCGAGUGGCUCGGCGCGAAGUUUCUGAACAGGUUACAGAAUGCGCAGGGGCCGCCUUCUAUCGAGUACGACGAGCUGUCGCGAGGAAACAUGUUCACUUAUUAUGAUAAACAGCGGCACAGUACGUUGCCCGCGUCGUCGACUUACUCUAAAAAAAUAGCGUCAUCGCCGAGGCAGCUACUGAACAACAUCAAGAAGAGCCGGGCGGCGCGCUUCGGCGGGCCCUUGCGGCAGAUCUCGCCCUACUUGGAGAGCGAGAUGAUCAAUACAAGGUGGGCCGAGGAAGCGCGGACGACGUGGGACGUGCGGGAUUCUCCUAGACCUACCGGUCUCUGGGUCGGUGGUCGUAAUACGUCCAGUGCCUCGCAUUUUGAUCUGUUCGCGAACUUUCACGUCUUGUUAUCUGGAAGAAAGCGCGUGUCGCUGGCGCCUCCUAUUGAUCAUUUCAAAUUUAAAUUCUGGCCGGCGCCGCACCCGCACGCGCGGCAAGCUAGAGUCGAAGCUUCAUUCGAGACCCCGGCCAUCACGCUCAAGGAGGGCGACGCGGUGUAUGUGCCGUCCGGCUGGGUCCACAAGGUCAUUGCGGAGCGAGUCGCGGCGGCGGCGUCGUUCACGGCACUGCCGCCCGAGUUCCAGAGCUUCGAAGGCCUGGUGCGGGAGCAGGUCGGCGCCAUGUUCGUCGAUAGAGGGUGGUCGCAAGUCCGAGCCAUCGGGAUUAUUCGCGUCUAUUUGCCGGCUGUCGCCAAGUUCUGGCUCGGCGAGGAUAUUGCACAAUCAGUUUUGUCAAAUUACGCCGAUUCGUACGAUCGCGUCGCGAAGGAAGUGCCUCCACUAGCAAAGUGUCCCGUGCCGCCGGACCGCGACAUUCGCAUCGCUUUGAGGUACGCGAACGCGACGGCAAACGCGUUUUCCUGGUUCCGGGCCGACCUCGCGGUGUUGUUCUUUGGGCCCUUCGCGGACACGGUCGUGCAACGGGUGCCGCACCCGGCGUUGAAGGGUGCCCAGCGGUGGGCGGCGGCGGCGGCCUUCGUGCGGGAGUGCUGCCUCUUCAAUUCCGCGAACCGCGGGUUUCUGUUGCGGGCGGUGCUCGAGCGGCCGGCGGUGCUGGAUUUUGAUGAUGACGAGGACGAGGACGAGGAGGAUGAAUAAGAUGUGAUUUUUUAA